AUGGUGUUUUCAGGCGGCGGCGGCGUCGUAGGUGCUUGUGGCGGCGGAGUGGUGUUUGUGGCGCCGGUGGUGUUUGUGGCGGCGGUGGUGUCUGUGGCGUCGGCGGCGGUGGUGUUUGUGGCGGUGGAGGCUGUCGCGUGUGGCGGCGGCCGUAAUAUUGCGUCAGCAGCGGCCGUAAUAGGUUCUGUGGCAGCGGCAUGUUUGCGGCGGUGGCGAUGUGUUUGUGGCGGUGGCGAUGUGCCUACACGUCCCCACCUGUGUCCUGUAAAGCCCCGCCCUGCCCCAUCGACAGGCCUACACAUCCCCACCCGUGUCCCGUUGCCCCCGCCCCAUCUUCAGGCCUACACGUCCCCACCUGUGUCCUGUAAAGCCCUGCCCCGCCCCAUCGACAGGCCUACACGUCCCCACCUGUGUCCCGUUAAGCCCCGCCCCAUCUUCAGGCCUACACGUCCCCACCUGUGUCCUGUAAAGCCCCGCCCUGCCCCAUCUUCAGGCCUACACGUCCCCACCUGUGUCCUGUUAAGCCCUGCCCUGCCCCAUCGACAGGCCUACACGUCCCCACCUGUGUCCUGUAGCCCCGCCCGCCCCAUCGACAGGCCUACCGUCCCCACCUGUGUCCCGUUAAGCCUGCCCCGCCCCAUCGACAGGCCACACGUCCCCACCUGUGUCCCGUUAAGCCCCGCCCCAUCGACAGGCCUACACGUCCCCACCUGUGUCCUGUUAAGCCCGCCCCGCCCCAUCGACAGGCCUACACGUCCCCACCUGUGUCCUGUUAAGCCCGCCCCGCCCCAUCGACAGGCCUACACGUCCCCACCUGUGUCCCGUUAA